UGUGUCAUGUAAUUUUCUUGCAGAAAUUUGCCAUGGGAGACACAGAAGUUCUGGCCGAUGUGACCAACACUGAUGUAGCCAUGAACGGAGACAAUGAGGUGUUUGAGGACAGUAAAGUCUUCACCCAGAAAACCUCCAUCACCCUUAAGAAGUCGAACGCUUCUUCAUCUUCUGCACGAUCUGGGAGUCUGUCUGGAGACGAGGAUAAGAAAGGGAUGAAGCGCGUCAGCAGAUCUUCUCGGACAAGUAGCAGCAGCUAUGAGAAGAAGAAGAGAGAACCUGCACGGCUGGCCCCCAGUGCGUUUGCCAAAUUCCAGCAAGCUGACGCCAUGUCCUCCUCUGCCCCAGCCAAGAAAAUUAACAUCAAGUUGAGCCGUUCUGUGCGGGAUCGAGCCAGCGAGACUGACACCACCAUGUCCACUGUCAAACAGAUCCAGGACUCUUCAGACAAGUGUAAGACCUGUGGGAAGAGGGUUUAUCCAGUGGAGAAGCUUGUUGCAGACAAGAAUGUCUACCACAACACCUGCUUUAAGUGUGCUGAAUGCAACAGGACACUGAGGGUGGGUACAUACGCCUCCAUCGAUGGAGCUAUCUACUGCAAGCCCCACUUCCAGCAGCUGUUCAAGCUGAAGGGGAACUACGACGAGGGCUUCGGCAAAGAGAGAGCGGUCAAGAAGUGGUCUGCCGCUCAGGGUGACAUUCCCCCAGAUGGACUUCUGAAGACGGAGGCACAGGAACCUGCCAAGAAGCAGCGCAGGGGCAGGGAUGGGGAUGCAGAUGAAUCUCGAGCUGAAAGAGAGGAGGAAGUCCCUUCAUCUGACAAGAGUGAAGAUGGUGAAAGUGAAGAUGAAAAGGAGACCAGUACAACACCAGUUACUAACAAGACUGCAGCUGGAAAGGAAAAAGUCAAAGGAAAGCCCUCCUCACCAGAACACAUUGUAACCCCAGACAGUGGUGUGGAUGUGGAGUCUCCCUCCAGCCAGAAGAACAGCAGGAAGUCCAGUCGCUCCAAGAGCUUCAGUGAUGAUGAGGAGGAGGAGGAGGGGAGGAAGGGGAGUACCUCCAAGCCUUCGGAGAUUCCUCAACAGCUCUUGUCUGUCAAGGAAAGAAUGGCCAUGUACCGCCAGUCUGCUGAACAUCCAAGCUCUGAAAAGAUAAAGGUCAAAAGUAACAGGACACCUAUAAUGCCCAAAUCAGCCCAGAAUGUGAUGUCCAGAAUGGAAAGGUAUCAGAGUGAGAUCAGUUCCACCGGGGAAGCCCGUAAAUCGACCAGCGGUGACGACAGGAAAACUGUCGCCAUGGGAACCCUGGCGGACCUCCGCAAGCGCUGGGAGAGCGGUGACCUGCUGACGUACCAGGAGAAGGAGUCGACCUCGGGGACGACCACCGGGGAUGAGAUGGAGGACACGGUGGUGAAGAGCACCUCCCACUCCCACAGAGCCAUCAUCAGGCAGGAGGAGACCAUCGUGGCCCAGGAGAUCAAAGCUGCCAGGAGCAAGUUCGAAAGCUUCAAUGAUGACAACAACCAGAAGCCUCGACGGAUGAAGACCUCGUCUUCCGACCACGACAUGAACGGCGUUGUCAACAACGGCAGGUCUUCGCCGUACCGGGACGAACAAUUUGGACAGUCGAAUUACGAAAGCGGGCGGCGCAGCUCCACUGGAGACGUGGAGGUCGUGAAGUCUACCACGCCGACUGCAGAUGACCGGGAACUGGUCAAAGCCGGCACCGCCUCCAACCUCAAGAAGAGGUGGGAGAGUGGCGACCUUCAAGAUUAUAGAGAGCGGUCCGGUUCUUCCUCUUCAUCAAGCAGUGAGUCCACCCAUGAUGCAGAAGAGGAACCUGUAAUCAUCGUGGCCUCACGGUCUGCCGAGGAAACAAAAUCAGCCGCCCCGAAACUUCAACCAACACAAAAGGAGGUGCCCCAGCCGGAGCGCAGAGAGAUGAGGAAGUCAGAGAGCCUCAAGAAGCGGUACGAAGAAAAGUUGGAGAAGAAAGAAGCAAAGGAUGAAGAGAGAGAGGAAGCCCCUCGCAGAGCUCUGAAUAGGGCACCCAGCUUUUCCAGGACAAUGGCGGCCAAGUUUGAGAAGGGCGCAGUCCGAAGUCGCAGUAGCUCCAGCAGCUCGAGUUCCCAGGAACAGGAUCCAGACGCAGAGAUUGUCCGCGCGACUUCCCACCAUCACAAGGAGAAACCUGAUAAGGCUGACACCCCAGACAACCAAGGUAGUUCAGAUGUGGACGAAGAGGUUGUGAACCUGGGUCUGUCAGCCCGUCUGAGGUCCAUGUUUGAGAAGGGAGAUGUCCACAAUGUUGAGGCUCCUGCCAGGAAGAGUCCUGUGGCUAUCCCACGCAGUACCAGCACUCCAGAUAUCUCCAAGGCAGGGAGGAGGGACAGCACCAGUAGCAGCAGUAGUGAGGAGGGUGAGGCCCAUGCUGUCAAAACAAGCUUCAGUGAUGACGAAGUGGAACAUCGCAAGGCUGACAUUAAAGGUCCCUCUGCCAAGUCCCUGAGAGCCAUGUUUGAAACCAACAAAACGGAGGACUCAGGACCUACUACACUUCCUAAGGCCAAACCAAAGAGCAUUUCCCUGUUUAAGACUCCGCCCAUGGAGAAGUGCAGGGCCUGUGGGAAGACAGUCUACGCCAUGGAGAAGAUUGCCACCGACCACGACACCUUCCACAAGAGCUGCUUCAAGUGUGACUACUGCAAGAAAGUACUCAGUUUGGGCACUUUUGCUGGCAUCCACGACAAGCUGUACUGCAAGCCCCACUUCAAGCAGCUCUUCCAGGCAAAGGGAAACUAUGACGAGGGCUUUGGCCACUUGCAGCGUAAGUCCAAGUGGGCUCCCAAAUCUGACGGCCCCGCGGAAGACACCCACGAAAGGCGUCAGAUCGAGGAGGCUGAGGAAGUGAAGCGGCCUGUUCCGACAAGACGUCCCAGAAGCGCCGAUCUUGAAGAUUUUGACGACAAGCCUCCUGUGGAAGACGACCAGGAUGACGAGGAAUUUGAGGUGAGGCGUCCCGUUCCCGCAAAGCGACAGAGCCUCCCAAAAAGUGUGAGCUCCUCAGAAGACGAGGAGGAAAAGGAGGCGGUGGCUAGAAGAAGCAGGUCUUCAUCUUCAAGCAGUGACGAGGGGCCUAAACGCCGCAGCCACUCCGCGAGCAGCGGGGAGGGGUCCAAACACCGCAGCCACUCCGCAAGUAGCGGGGAAGGCAGGCAAGGCCGUAGCCACUCCGCAAGCAGCGAGGAGAGACGCACAAAGAGACGGUCCGGUUCCUCGUCGAGCAUGGACGAAGAAGAGAGGCGGCAGCGCGAGCUUUCACUGAAGAUGGGCAGCGCGGAGGAGGAGAUUAAACGGGCUCGACUCUACCGCCAGAAACUUCUACGGGAGGACUCGCAAGAUGAGGAGGACUGUUAAGUCAACUUUGUUGUCAACAUCUUAAAAUUGUUUGGCCUACUUAGACCUUUGAGUGCACAAGUCCAAGUGUAAUUGUAGGAUGUCCAUGCUGUUGCUUUGCUAUACAAUUUAGGUUAUACAUGUAUUUACCAUCCCUUUAAAACUCCUGUACUGUCCUCUCAUCUUUACCAUGUCACAUCAUACUAACCUGGCACAGAAGGAGGCAAAUCAUUCAAAAAUGUGUGCAUGAAUAUUUUGUCUGUUAAAAGGUAACAAUGUUUUACCAGUGCCAGCUACAGUGUGUAUCACUACUACCUAAUGUGCCAUAAACAGAAUAUUACCAUUUCUAUGACUAAAGACUACUGCGGGUGACUCAAAGUGUAUAUCUAGUGUAUUGAAAAUGUCAUUAUCUGGUUUCUUGUCUACAACAUGCUUUUCCUCUGGCUUUGACUGUUUGAGUAGCAGUGCCACCUUGCAGAUUUGUACAGUAUUACGGUUAACAGCACUUGUUAGAAGAAACUAAUUAAUGGCAUGGAAGUGCUGCUAUGUGUUGUUAAUGAUUGCUGGAAUGGAGGAUGAAAAUGCAGUGGAAAUGUUUCACAUCAGAAUCAAACAGUAGCAAACUUUGUGCAAUGGGUAACAUUUUCAAUACAUUGCCAAAGAAAUGGUGUACAUUUACAUGUACCUUUGGGGUUGGGACAAGUAGGGUUUUGUAAGAUCUGCACGACUGUAGAAAAGUGCCCCCAAUGAUGCAAUAAGCUGGCCAAUGUAAAAUGCACUUCGAUUAUGUACAGGUCUUAAUUCAGAAGGUGUAGAAUUGGCAAGAACAGGAGGCACAGCUUUGUAUUGAUGACAGGUUACAGUUACUGUAACUAAUUUAACAUUUUGUCUAAUUGUAGUACUAAAGACUGAAUACAUGUAUUACUCAAGAAGAAAUAAUAUUUCAAGAGUAGCUUUUUUUGGUGUACGAUAUGCAGGGAAUGUUUAGCCUAACCAAUAGUCAUAGUUUACACAGAUUUAAAAAAAAAAAACUUGUAACAGACUUAAUAAGCACUAUAUACCACAUAGAUCUUUAAAUCCUCUCAAGCUGGGCUUGAUAACCUUUUGGACUUGCCAGCAAAUGUGUUUUGAAGCUCUGAUUGGCUACAGAUGGGCCAAUCAUGUGGCACCAAUUACCAUAACUUUCAUACAUUCGAAUCACUGAUUGGCUAGAGAUGGACCAAUCAUGUGUCCCCAAUUACCAUAACUUUUAUACAUUCAAAUGAGCACGCAAGUAUGAAAACAUUCCAACAUAUUUCUUCACUAACCAUGGACUAAAGCUUAAUUGUUGUUUCCAUAUUACAUAAUGAAACCUUGCCACAUAUAUGUAACCACAUGAGUGUUAUUGUACACAUCUAAUAUCGGAUUGGUCUUGGGAAUUAUGUAUAAAAAAACUUGUCCUAACAUUAUGGAUUUCUAAUUUGCCUUGGGUUGCUUGGCUUUUUUUUACGUUAUUCAUGUUAUUCCAAAAAAGGGAUUCCUGGUGAUGAUUUUUUUGUGAAAUCAAACAUUCCUAUGAUAAAUCAAACUCUACUUACCAAAUCUCUACUUACCAAAUUUCUACUUAACAAGAUAAAAAUUUAACUACAGACAAUUACUGCAUACAUUUUGAAUUAUAUUUUUUGCACGCUUUUGCAGACAUGCUUGAUAAGAAGUGAUUUAAAUACUAUUACAUACAGGACAUUCCAACUAGUAGUUCACGUUUUAUGCUAAUCACCUUGCUUUGCUAAAUGUUGCAUUAAUAUAUCUAAAAAUAUGUAAAAUUUUGCAUCUUGAUGUAACUAGAUUGCUACAUAUCGGAAGUUAUCAUGCUUAGAUUGGUAUCUUUACACAAGUUAAUAAAUAAAGGUAAGUAAUAAAGAUAAAUAAAAGUUUCCAAAGAAUUGAGGUGAUUAAACUUCACAGUUCAAGAUAUCAGCUUUACAUUGUACAAAACUAGCAGAAUGUACUGAGCGUUUUAUUCCAAUUUUGUAAAGCGUAUUAAGGUUCAUGGAAUAAAGAAAAUGAUUUUCA